AUGUCAGCCCUCAACCUUGCAAUCAAGAAGAAACGCAUCGGGACGGUAGAGCUGCUUCUAAGCAGAGGAGCCGCUAUCGAUACAACCGAUACCGAUAAACAUGGGCAGACCCCACUUCAUAAAGCCGUACGAAUGAAUGACUAUCACGGUUUGAUAUAUAUAUUAGAGUGUAACAGACUUCGUGGAGAUGGUGAAACCUUUAUACUGCAAGGUGACAACCGGGGAAAAACAGCCCUACAUUACGCCGCUGAGGCCGAAAGAAAAAGUGACAUCGAAGCAUUAACUAACCCAUGCUGGUAUGAAUCACAGAAGGGAAUAAAUACUCUGGCUAAUAAGGAAGAUAAGCGUGGAAGACUUGCUGUUGAUUGCCUGUCGAAAAGUGGUAAGGUGUUUAACGAGGAGAUUGCCAACAUCCUCUACCGGCUGGCGCAAGAUAGGAGGGACGUUUUCUCAAGCCAGUCUGAGUUCAAUCCACCCAUUCCAGGCCGUUUUCCCGAUGACACUUCUAGUGCUCAUAGCUCAAUAAUCCCUUCACUCAAUGAAGAUAAUAGUGGUGAGCUAUGUGACGAGGCACUAGCACAAUUAGAGCGAUUAAAGGAGCCUGACCGGGCGUGA